GUGACUUUGCCUUUGUCUUUCUCGUCGCAAAGCUCCGGACGUAACUUUAUUCUUGACGGAUCUUCAAGUUUAGCAUGGUAUUGCCCCUGGCAUCAUUGUCGAUUCUAGCCUUGCACAAAACCUUCACUGGCAGCUUCGCUCGUGUUUUUGUCGGGGUUUAUCCCCGUGGUCCACUACAGACGUUCCAAAAAAAGGUUCGGGAAAACGCCCCCAAAUCCAUCGAGACAUGGGGGAAACCGCCUGCGAGUCAGUCGCCUUCAGAUCCAAUCGUUCUAGGCGUCCUACUUAAAUCACCACGUGUUGAUCGAAAUCACCACCAUGAUGACAAUCUCUUCUGGGUGGGAAGGCCAAGAGACAUCUCAAGCCACGCCAAUGGUUCGAGAAGAAUGCCGAUCUCGGUCUCACAAACAAUUACAUACAUGCUCCAUACAUCGCGCCUGAUCGAUCACGAUCUCUUGAAUCGGUGGAGUUUCCAUUGAGUAAACAUCUGAGGUGUUCAUUUCGUUUCUCGUAUUAGAAGCAUGGACCGCGCUGUCGGCCCAUGUGAGAGCCAAUCUCCAGGUCAAAAUAGUAGU